AUGUCUGUGGCCCUGAGCCUUAUCUCCCACUCCCGCCAGGAAUUGGUGGAGCCGCUCAAGUGCGCGCCCAAGACCUUCUGGGUGAACGAGGGCAAGCACGCCAAGUUCCGCUGCUACGUGAUGGGCAAGCCCGAGCCCGAGAUCGAAUGGCUCUGGGAUGUGCUCAAGGUGCUGUACUGCCAGGCCCGGGACCGCGGGCUCUACGUGUGCGCCGCGCGCAAUUCGGCUGGCCAGACGCUCAGCGCCGUGCAGCUGCACGUCAAAGAGCCCCGACUCCGCUUCUCCAGGCCCUUACAGGAUGUGGAGGGCCGGGAGCAUGGGAUUGCCGUGCUCGAGUGCAAAGUACCCAACUCCCGCAUUCCCACGGCCUGGUUCCGCGAGGACCAGCGGCUGCUGCCCUGCCGGAAAUACGAACAGAUUGAGGAGGGCACCGUCAGGCGCCUCAUCAUCCACAGGCUGAAGGCGGAUGACGACGGGGUCUACCUGUGCGAAAUGCGCGGCCGGGUGCGCACCGUGGCCAACGUGACGGUCAAAGGGCCUAUCCUGAAGCGGCUGCCCCGGAAGCUCGACGUUCUGGAAGGCGAGAACGCCGUGCUGCUGGUGGAGACGCGAGAGGCUGGGGUCGAGGGGCGCUGGAGCCGCGAUGGGGAGGACCUGCCGACCACCUGCCAGAGCAGCUCCGGCCACAUGCAUGCCCUGGUCCUUCCGGGGGUCACUCGAGAAGAUGCUGGCGAAGUCACCUUUAGCCUGGGCAACUCCCGGACCACCACUCUUCUGAGAGUCAAAUGCGUCAAGCACAGUCCCCCGGGACCCCCGGUGCUUGCAGAGAUGUUCAAGGGCCGCAAGAACGUGGUCUUGCUGACCUGGAAGCCUCCCGAGCCAGCUCCCGAGACCCCCUUCAUCUACCGGCUGGAGCGGCAGAAGGUGGGCUCGGAAGACUGGGUCCAGUGCUUCAGCGUUGAGAAAGCCGGGGCCGUGGAGGUGCCGGGAGACUGUGUGCCCUCCGAGGGUGACUACCGCUUCCGCAUCUGCUCGGUCAGCGAGCAUGGCCGCAGUCCCCACGUUGUGUUCCACGGGUCUGCUCACCUUGUACCCACAGCGCGCCUGGUGGCAGGUCUGAAGGAUGUGCAGGUAUACGACGGGGAAGAUGCUGUUUUCUCCCUCAUUCUCUCCACCAUCAUCCAGGGCACCUGGUUUCUUAAUGGGGAAGAACUCAAGGGCACUGAGCCAGAGGGCCAAGUGGGGCCUGGAGCCCUGCGGUACUGUGUGGAGCACAAUGGCCCGCAGCACCGACUCACCCUGCAAGCCGUCAAGCACCAGGAUAGCGGAGCCCUGGUCGGCUUCAGCUGCCCGGGUGUGCAGGAUUCGGCUGCCCUCACCAUCCAAGAAAGCCCGGUGCACAUCCUGAGCCCCCAGGACAAGGUGUCGUUGACCUUCACGACCUUGGAGCGGGUGGUGCUGACAUGUGAGCUCUCCCGGGUGGACUUUCCGGCGAGCUGGUACAAGGAUGGGCAGAAGGUGGAGGAGAGUGAGUCGCUGGUGGUGAAGACGGAUGGACGCAAACAUCGUCUGAUCCUGCCCGCUGCUGAGGUCCGGGACAGCGGCGAGUUUGAGUGCAGAACGGAAGGGGUCUCGGCCUUCUUCAGCAUCACUGUCCGAGACCCCCCAGUGCACAUCCUGGACCCCCGGGAGCACGUGUUCGUGCACGCCAUAACCUCUGAGUGUGUCGUGCUGACCUGUGAGGUGGACCGAGAGGACGCCCCUGUGCACUGGUACAAGGAUGGGCAGGAGGUGGAGGACAGCGACAUCAUGGUGCUGGAGAACGAAGGACCCCAUCGCCGCCUGGUGCUGCCCGCGACCCAGCCCUCGGACGGGGGCGAGUUUCAGUGCGUCGCUGGAGACGAGCGUGCCUACUUCACCGUGAACAUCACAGACGUCUCCUCAUGGAUCGUGUACCCCAGCGGCAAGGUGUAUGUGGCGGCCGUGCGCCUGGAGCGCGUGGUGCUGACCUGUGAGCUGUGCCGGCCCUGGGCCGAGGUGCGCUGGACCAAGGAUGGCGAGGAGGUGGUGGAGAGUCCAGCGCGGCUCCUGCAGAAGGAGGACACCAUCCGCCGCCUGGUGCUGCCUGCCGUCCAGCUCGAGGACUCCGGCGAGUACUUGUGUGAAAUCGAUGACGAGUCAGCCUCCUUCACCGUCACUGUCACAGAGCCCCCCGUACGCAUCAUACACCCCCGGGAUGAGGUGACCUUGACCGCCGUGAGCUUGGAGUGUGUGGUGCUAAUGUGUGAGCUGUCGCGGGAGGACGCCCUGGUGCGCUGGUACAAGGAUGGGCUGGAGGUGGAGGAGAGCGAGGCCCUGGUGCUAGAGAGUGACGGGCCCUGCCGCCGCCUGGUGCUGCCUGCUGCCCAGCCCGAGGAUGGGGGCGAGUUCGUGUGCGACGCUGGAGACGACUCGGCCUUCUUCACUGUCACCGUCACAGCCCCGCCAGAGAGGAUUGUGCGGCCCGCAGCUCGCUCCCUGGACCUGCAGUUUGGGGCUCCAGGGCGCGUGGAGCUGCGCUGCGAGGUGGCCCCUGCUGGGUCCCAGGUGCGCUGGUACAAGGAUGGGCUGGAAGUGGAAGCAUCAGACGCCCUGCAGCUGGGCGCCGAGGGGCCCGCUCGCACCCUGACCCUGCCCCACGCCCAGCCCGAGGAUGCCGGGGAGUAUGUGUGUGAGACCCGUGAUGAAGCUGUCACCUUCAACAUCAGCCUGGCUGAGCCCCCAGUCCAGUUCCUUGCCCCAGAGGCAGCCCCCGGCCCGCUCUGUGUGGCCCCCGGGGAGCCGGUGAUGCUGAGCUGUGAGCUUUCCCGGGCUGGCGCCCUCGUGUUCUGGAGCCACAAUGGGAGGCCGGUGCAGGAGGAGGAGGGCGUGGAGCUCCACGCCGAGGGCCCCCGCCGCGUCCUCUGCAUCCGGGCUGCAGAGCCAGCCCACGCCGGCCUGUACACCUGCCAGUCCGGGGAGGCCCCAGGGGCCCCCAGCCUCAGCUUCACUGUCCAAGUGGCUGAGCCCCCCGUGCGGGUGGUGACCCCAGAAGCGGCCCAGACAAGAGUUCGCAGCUCCCCAGGCAGGGACCUAGAGCUGGUGGUACACCUCUCCGCGCCUGGGGGCACUGUGCGCUGGUACAAGGACGGGGAGCGACUGCUGCGGGUGCGGGGCACACAGAGCAGAGACGCUGGGGAGUACCUGUGCGACGCACCCCAGGACAGCCGCAUCUUCCUGGUCAGUGUGGAAGAACCGCCACCGGUGAAGCUGGUCUCAGAGCUGACACCACUCACUGUCCAUGAGGGUGACGACGCCACGUUCCGGUGUGAAGUCUCCCCUCCAGACGCCGAUGUCACCUGGCUGCGCAAUGGGGCCAUUGUCACUCCAGGACCUGGGCUAGAGAUGGCCCAGAGCGGGUCAACCCGCACCCUGACCGUGCGAGGGUGCCAGCUGAAGGAUGCAGGGACGGUGACUGCCCAAGCAGGGGGCACAGCAACAAGUGCCCGGCUCCACAUUCGAGAAACCGAGCUGCUGUUCCUUCGGCGGCUGCAGGACAUGCGGGUGGAGGAAGGCCAGGACGUGUGCCUGGAAGUGGAGACGGGCCGAGUGGGUGCAGCAGGGGCCGUGCGCUGGGUUCGAGGUGGGGAGCCCCUACCCCACGACUCUCGCCUGUCUGUGGCCCAGGAUGGCCACAUCUACCGCCUCUUCAUCCACGGUGUUGUACUGGCUGACCAAGGCACCUACGGCUGCGAGAGCCACCACGAUCGCACCCUGGCCAGGCUCAGCGUAAGGCCAAGGCAGCUAAGGGUGUUGCGGCCUCUGGAGGACGUGACCAUCAUCGAGGGGGGCAGCGCCACCUUCCAGCUGGAGCUGUCCCAGGAGGGUGUGAUGGGGGAAUGGGCCCGGGGUGGAGUCCGGCUGCGCCCGGGACCCCAGUGCCACAUUCACACAGAGGGCUGCACUUACCACCUGGCACUCAGCGGCUUGGGCCUGGCCGACUCAGGCUGCAUCUCCUUCACAGCGGACUCCCUGCGCUGUGCAGCCAGACUCACUGUGAGAGAGGCCCCAGUGACCUUUGUGCAGGUGCCACAGGACCUCGAGGUGACCGAGGGCGACACAGCUACAUUCGAGUGCGAGCUUUCCCAGGCCUUGGCUGAUGUUACCUGGGAGAAGGUCAGAGCCCAGCCCCAGCCCAGCCCACCCUGGCACCACAAUAGUAAUAAUGCCGUGCUGUCCGAGCUCCGGCCGGUGAGCGCCCGCGAAGGCGACAGCGCUACGUUCGAGUGCACCGUAUCAGAGGUCGAGACCACCGGCAGCUGGAAGCUCGGAGGCCGCCCACUGAGACCCGGAGGCCGCAUCCGCAUCCGACAGGAAGGGAAGAAACAUAUCCUGGUGCUAAGUGAGCUGCGCGCGGAGGACGCCGGUGAGGUCCGCUUCCAGGCGGGACCCGCCCAGUCCGCAGCUGAGCUGGAAGUGGAGGCACUGCCUCUCCAGAUGUGCCGCCGCCCGCCUCGCGAGAAGACGGUUCUGGUGGGCCGCCGGGCGGUCCUGGAAGUGACUGUGUCGCGCUCCGGGGGGCACGUGUGCUGGUUGCGGGAGGGGGUCGCGCUGUGCCCGGGAGACAAGUACGAGCUGCGCAGCCAUGGCCCCACCCACAGCCUGGUCAUCCGUGACGUGCGACCUGAGGACCAGGGCACCUACUGCUGCCAGGCCGGCCAAGACAGCGCCCACACGCGGCUGCUGGUAGAGGGUAGCUAGAAGGACCGAACCAGGCCAGGUGGGUGCCCUCGGACAGCUUGGAAGGCGCAUGCCCUUACCCUGGGCAGGGAUGGGAGGCAGGGAACCAGAGGUGUUGAAAAACAAUAAAAGUGGUGUAGCCCUUU